AUGACAUCAUCUAUACCUAGAUUGUAUAGAUGUCUAUACAAUGUCAAUGGCAUCAAUGGCAUCAAUCACAGCAUUGGUAGAGUGAUGACUACAUCAGGCUAUCAAUAUGUUCGUCACUAUGCCUCAGCAUCAACAUCAUCAACAUUCGACUCUUCGGACAAGACACAAGGCAGGACAAAGAUAAAGAACAACUUGUUCCAGAAGGUAUUGUUGGGCGUUGGAUCAUCGAUUGUAGCAAUGGUCAAUCCUGGAAGAGGUGAUAUGGUUGCUACAUUGGGAGAGGUCACUGGCGGUUGUGCAUUGAAGACACUUAAACAGAAGAUGCAGGAUGAUCCUGUUGGCAGACAGUUGCUCGAAACAAAGCCGAGGAUCAGACGCGAGACAUUCCCUCAGAACCUGCAUCUCCUGCCACCCACAACGUUUGGAGGUGCCUACCAUCUCUUCAUGCAGGAGCACGGCUAUUCGGCCGACGACAGGACACAUGUGCGCAUGAUUGAGGAUGACGACGAGGCCUACGUCAUGCAGCGAUAUAGAGAGGUGCACGAUUUUUGGCACGUACUGGCUGGCAUUGACACGACAGUGCAGGGCGAGAUCGCUGUCAAGUGGCUGGAGAUGGUGCAGACUGGUCUGCCAAUGUGCGCACUGAGCGCUGUGGUUGGCCCGCUGCGUCUCAAGCUCUCAGAGCAGAGCACACUGGUCAAGCAUAUGAUCCCCUGGGCAGUGCGUUGUGGUCGCAACUCCAAGUUCCUGCUCAAUGUUCGCUACGAGGAUCACUGGGAGACGCCCAUCGAUGAACUGCGACAGGCACUCAACUUUGAGAAGUACCAAGGUCCUCAAUCAACUGAUCACACCAUGCUCCAUCCAUCAUUUGGUAGUCUUCAUCAUUGGAAUGAAUGA